AUGGCCAUGUUCCAGACACCUCACCACCAGUCGUCGUCGUCGCUGCUGCGUCUGCCGUAUGAUGUUCGCGUUAUCAUCUGGGAAGCUGCUUUGGGCAACCGGUGCAUCCAUAUGAGCGGACGCAAGAACCUGGGUCAAAACAUGCAGCCGCCGGUUUAUGCCUUUGGUCACUUCGUCUGCGCGCUGGCCAAGGAGGGAGCAUGCCAUGCUUGUGCGAGCUUCGCCGAGUCGUUCAACAAGUUCAGGUUCAUUGCGGCUGGCAACCUGGGAGACACGUCCCAUGUCUCAGAGAGUGUUGCGUUGCUGCAGACGUGUCGCCUAAUCUACCACGAAGCCACCGGCUUCCUAUACGGCACUAACACCUUCCAAUUCAAAACUCCAAAGUCUCUGAAUCUAUUCUAUAACAUGCUAUCACGGCCGCGAUGGGACUCCAUCCAUUCCUUGCAUAUGCACUGGCGCUUCCCUGGCGGCGAUAGUGAACAGCUGCAGGCAAAGCUUGUCAGAUUCCUAGCCCAUUACGACGCAUCGGGCGAGAGUCUAGACUUUCUGCGCGGUGACCUCCGUGACAGAUUCCCCGACGACUGGAUUUUUGCUUGCUCCGCUAUCGCCAGAAUGCACAACUUACGUGACUUUGGCCUCUGCAUUGUACUGCCGAGUUGGAUCAUGGCACGGGCGCCGGAGAUGGUGUCGCUGCUGCGGCCGCUGCAGGCGCUGGAAACAAAAGAAACGUGGACAUUGGGUCUCAAGAUAGAUGACGCGAAUGGCAACACGUUGCAGCAAUCACUGCGGGAUGCUGGCUUCCGGUGUCGCAUUGCUCGCAUUGUCAAUCUUAGAGAUGCGCCGGAAUGGAAAACUCGUCGCGGUGCUGGGAAGUGCUGUGUACAAGUUCCUCUGCAUCCGCUUUGA